AUGAAAUCUUUGAAUAAUACUUCUCAAAAGCAGGAUUAACUAACAGCUAAUUCAUAAAAUGAAAAGAAAUAAAAUAUUUAGGUUUAUAUUAGGCUAAGGCCAUUUUUACCUCAUGAAGAAUAAGAGGAUGUUGUAGAAAUAAAAAGCGAAGAAAAAAAAAUUCUAAUAAAAGAUAGUCUUCAUUUAAUGGAAUCAAAAUUUGAUCAAGCAUUCGAUCCAAGUCAAAAUUAAAAAUAAGUAUUCGAAAAUUUUAAGCCCUAUCUGUAAGAUAUAUUAGAUGGUUAUAACUUCACUGUUUUUGCAUAUGGUUAAACUGGUUCAGGCAAAACACACACUAUGUUUGGAGCUGAUUGGGAAUAUAUGAGUGGACAUUAAGCAUAUACAGGAAGAGAUUUGAGAGUUUAACAUUAAUCUACAUUCUUUGAAUCACUAGAAUCUGAUCAUAAUUUUGCUGGAAUAAUACCUAGAACCAUAUAUGAAGUUUUUAGAUAAAUAACUCUCAAAAGAGAAUAGAAUCCUCAUAUGCAAAUAUCUGUUUAUGUAUCAUUUAUUCAAAUUUACAAUGAAAAAAUAUAUGAUUUGCUUCAGGAUAAUUAGAAGCCUGUCGCUUUAGCUAUACAUGAGAAUAAACAGUCAGGCAUGUAUGUUGAGGGUUUAUCUGAAUAUUAAGUAGCUCACUAUUAUGAUAGCUUAUAAUUAAUGAGAAGAGGAGAAAAAAAUAGAGCUAUUCGAACUACAUAAAUGAAUGUAAAAAGCAGUAGAUCACAUACUAUUUUCUAACUAUAAAUAGAGAGAAUAGAUGACAGUGAAUAUUAAAAAGAGAAAAAAAAAAUUAAACGUUCAAAAAUUAAUUUAUGUGAUUUAGCAGGCUCAGAAAAAAUAAAUAAGAAUGAAGUUAUGGGAGGAGAACAUUUUAAUGAGUUAAGAAGCAUUAAUUUAUCUUUAACAACUCUAGGCAAAGUUAUACACUCUCUAAGUAGCAAUCAAAAGCUACCUAUUCCAUACAGGGAAUCUAAGCUUACCCGUAUCUUGUAAGAUAGCUUAAGUGGGAAUUGUUAAACUUUUAUUAUUGCAAAUAUUUCUCCUUGCUCUAAUAGUUUAGAAGAAACCCUCUCAACACUAAAAUUUGCAGAAAGAGCUCAACAUAUAACUUUAAAGAUUAAGCCAAACGAAAUAAAUGCAUCAGAUUUUUAAAUAGUACAAAAGCUCUAAAGAGAAAUAAAUUACUUAAAGGAUUUGCUUCAUAUGAAAAAGAAAGGAAUCAAUCCAAAUGAUAUCCAUUAAAGAUUAUUAAAAUUGCAAGAGGAGAAUGAACGUUUAAAGAAAACUCAUAUAUCUAUAAAUGAAGUAGAGAAAUUGAUUUAAGAAAAUAGAUAAAUGAAAUUGGAAAUCACAAAAAUCUAAUAAAAUACAGUAUAGUCUAUGCGUGGGAUAUUUGAUGAUUCUAAGACUGAUAAAGAUACUUUAAAGACACUUGCAGAAUCUAAAAAUUUAUUAGAUUAAGAAAUCUUACUGAAUAAAAUUAAUUAAGGAGAUUAAAGCGACCACUUUUUUUUAAAUACAAACUCAUCUAAUCAAAUAAUCCUACCACCAAUAUAAAUGAAUAGCAACGAUAAUAUUAAAAUAUUAUUUGGUACUUCUUAAGAAAAACCUUUCAGCUCUUAUAAUCCUUCUGUUAAUAGCAGUAGUUAGAGAGGGACUUUUAUAAAUUCAGGAAAACAGAUGAUGAGAAAUGUUUUAGAUAAAAAAACUGAAUUACCUAUGAGAAUAAGAGGAAAAAAUAAUGAAAUAAAAAAUGAAAAGGGUUUCUUGGAAAUGAGCAAUGCUGAAUCGGUGAGAAUGGAAUAAAAAAGGAAAGAAAAGAUAAGAAUAUUAGAGAGAUUAAAUGAUUUAGAGAGAAUAUAAAAGCAUAAUUAAGACAAAUUAAAAAGAGAAUUGCGUUUGUUAGAAAAUCCUAAUGACUCAGAGAACAAUGAUAAUUAUAAAAGUGUUUCAACAUCUUCAACUACAAAUAUUGUAAAAGCUAGUUCAUUUCAUACUAACAGAUUAACCCAAUAAAAUACACCUUUAAGAUCAUCUUCGAAUUAAUUAAACAACCCAAUUAAUAAGUAACUGAAAAAAUAUGAAAGUAACGAAUCAAAAAUAAAAAUGCUAGAAAAAAGAUUCUUACAAAAUCUAUGA